UUGAUUAGUAUUGCGAGUGUUCCUUGCUAAUCAACCCCCGAGUUCCUCGUUGUCAGAAACUUCGUUCUUUCCUUACCCAGUUCCCACAGAAACACCUAGCCUAAACACAUAACCCAUCACCCAAACACCUUAACUCAUAUCCGUUUCCGCAUCAAAAAAUUUGGCCCAAUCUAACCCAACCCAACCUGGCCCGUGAUAGCCUCUAAGCUCUAACAAAUAAUUACAUUUCCUCCAACAACUUUUCCAAUCAAACGGCUAACAAAAAAAAACCACAUGUUCAACUUUCACUAAUCACAAAACCAAAAAAGUGGUCAAAAGUCGUGAAAACGAGUGAAAAAGAUGGGGAAGAAAGCAUGAAGACACCACCACAUCUACAUCUACCACCUCUACUCUACUCUAUUACAUUAUUUCUCUCUCCUCCUUCUCCUUCUUCUUCUUCUCAUUGAGGAACUACGCACCAUUUCUACUCACUCGUCAACUGAAAAAUGAAGUCCAAACCACCAAUUCUUCUUCGGCUACUUACGCACCAACACCAGCAAUUCUUCUCUGCCGUCGAAUCCGGUGAUCUUCAAUCAUUACACCAGAUUAUCAACAAAUUGGCUGAAGAUGAUGAACGAGCUUCAAUUCCUGCUUUAAUGGCGUUGCAAAAUGGUUCUGGAGAAACUGCUUUGUUUAUUGCUGCAAUGAAUAAUUUGGUUGAGGUUUUUAGUUAUUUGCUUGGUUUUUGUGAUGUGAGAAUUGCGAUGAUUAGGUCUAAGUCUGAUUCCAAUGCAUUUCAUAUUGCUGCUAAGCGUGGUCAUUUAGAGAUUGUGCGACAAAUGCUUAACAUCUGGCCUGAGUUUUGUAUGUCAUGUGAUUCCUCAAAUACAUCUCCACUCUACUCAGCUGCUGUUCAGGAUCACCUGGAAGUGGUGAAUGCCAUAUUGGACACUGAUGACAGUGCAGCAAGAAUUGUCAGAAAAAAUGGGAAAACUGCUUUGCAUAAUGUUGCUAGAUAUGGUUGUCUAGAUAUGGUCAAAAUACUUGUAGAAAGGGACCCUGGAAUUGUCUCCAUCAAAGAUAAGAAGGGUCAAACAGCACUCCAUAUGGCUGCUAAAGGCCAAGAUCCUGCAAUAAUAGAGGAGUUGUUGCUUGCUGAUUGUUCAGUACUAAAUGAACGUGACAAAAAGGGAAAUACAGCAGUGCAUAUAGCAACAAGGAAAUGCCGCUCUCAGAUAGUCUGCCUUCUCCUAAGUUACACAUCUAUUGAAGUUAAUGCCAUCAACAAUCAGCAAGAAACAGCGAUGGACAUAGCGUCAAAGCUUCAAUAUGGAGAGUCUGGUGGAAUGUGUGCCAGGAAUGUUGGUAAGAUGGAUGCAGCUAUGGAACUGAAGAGGACUGUGAGUGACAUAAAACAUGAGGUGCAGUCACAACUUUUACAAAAUGAGAAGACCAACAAAAGGGUUUCUGGCAUUGCAAAAGAACUGAAAAAACUUCAUAGAGAAGCUGUCCAAAACACGACCAAUUCUGUUACAGUUGUAGCUGUGCUGUUUGCCUCUAUUGCUUUCCUGGCAAUAUUUAAUUUAAAUGGCCAGUAUAUAACAACUGGACCUGAUGCAGGGAAAGCCAACAUUGCUGAUACUGUUGCCUUUAGAAUUUUCUGCCUUUUAAAUGCAGCAUCUCUUUUCAUUUCUCUAGCUGUCGUCGUUAUCCAAAUUACUUUAGUAGCAUGGGAUACUCAAGCUCAAAAGUUAGUUGUCGCUGUAACUAACAAGCUAAUGUGGGCUGCCUGUCUUAGCACUUGUGGAGCUUUCUUGGCAAUAGCUUUUGUGGUUGUAGGCGAUGAAGGUUCAUGGAUGGCUAUCACUGUAACAAUACUGGGGACAAUUGUAUUGAUGGGGACUUUGGCUAGUAUGUGCUACUUAGUGUUUCGACAUCAUUUCAAGAUUUUUGGAAAUGACUCACAGAGACGCAUCAGAAGGGGAAGUGGAAGCAAAUCAUUUUCUUGGUCCUAUUCCAUCAAUGUCUCUGACAUUGACGAGUAUAACUCAGACCAUGAGAGGAUUUAUGCUCUAUGAUGUACAAAGUUACUUGUUCUUGGUGCUUCUCGUGUGUACCUCUUUAUUAUUGCAAUUGAUAGGUUAUUGAUAGUAAUCGAUCUGUAGAUACUACUCAUACUAGGUGUGUUUAGGUGGGUUUGAUUGUUUAUAGUAGUGCGUUUGGUGCUGGCUCUCGUGUUUCUACGUAUUUGUUCCUUUUCACCUAUAUAUGUAUCUAUAUAAAUAUUGUAAAUUUUUUUUACCUUUUAGAUAAACAACAAAGUAUAUGGCAAUAUAUAUUGUAUAUUUUAAAGUCAA